CUUGAACAAUGGAUACUGAAUUGUGAUUCCAAUUCCUGUGUUGCUGAGGUCCCCUGCCGGCUGAAAAACUGGGCGAAAUAAUGUCGCUGGCUUUGAGAAUGAGUCCUUUCUCUAUUGCUUUAAAUAUGGGGAGCUCAUUCGAUGGAAUCCCCGAUUCCGCUGCGCAGUGCAAUAGGGUGAGCUAGGCAUCUGCUGAGGUCAGCGUGACGACACUUCCAAAUUGAUCCACACCAGCGCCGCAGCAGCGGCUGUGCUUGGUUGUGCUCAGCUGUGCUGUUGUAGCGAGGGAGCUCCGAGCACAGCACUCAUCGCUUCCCUGACGUUCCUUGUCCACUGCUCCAAUGUCCUACAACAUUUGCACCCCAGCCUUCCGUGUCCCUGCUAGGAACAACUGACCCCUCACAUCAGGCGUUGUGUGCUCUGCAUUUGCGAUCACCAAAGGUACGUUUAUCAGAAAAGCUCAGGACCGUUUGGACGUGUGCCCUACCGCCAUGGCCUCCGUGACCGCCACCCAGCUGGCCAUCGUGGCUAUUGUGCUCGCAUCAGCAUGCCUGCUUUUCCAAGGUGCUGAUGCCGCUGCUUGCAGCCCCCUGGUCGGGUCUCGCGAGUACAAGAUCCUGCUGGACGAGACCAAGUUUGCUGGCGCGCCGGGGUCUGCCGCCACCCAGACCGCAGUGCGCAACUGGUGGACCGCCCUUGCCCCCAAGAUUACUUGCUGCACCAUCGGGGGGAGUGCCUUCGACCUCCGCACUUCCCGGGCUAUCUCCUUCUACGACACCCAGGGAACAUGCCUGGUCAACAAGAAUGGCUACGCAUACCGUGAGCGCAACGAGGGCGGCGCGCGCGAGGUGACCCUCAAGUUCCGUUCCCCGGACCGCUACAUUGCUGCCAAGGAGGACGUCACCUCUGUCGACCCCGGCAGCUCCAAGUUCGAAGAGGAUAUUGCUGCUCCCUUCAAUUCCAAGUGGUCCAGUUCGAACACGGUCAGCAUCGGUGCUGGCAAGAACCUGAACGAGAUGCAAGACAUCAACGAGCAGUUCCACGGCUUCCGUGACAAGUACGGCUACUCCGACUCACUCGCGCUGGUCAAGGUUGGCGGGCUCACAAUUGAGGAGCGUGUUUACAAAGACGAGACUGUCGACCUCGGAGCUCUGAGCUGCGAAUUCUCGGUGACCGUCUGGUACACGUCACCAACGGCCACCUCGCCCGUCCUCGUUGAGGCGUCUUUCAAGUACGAGCUCUCCUCCGAGGACUACACCGGGACCGUCGUCCGCAACGCCAAGUUCCUCUUCGAGCAGAUGCAGUCACUAACCACGUGGGUUAGGGGCGACCAGACCAAGACCAACUUUGUUUACACCUACCAGCCGACUUUCUGCACCUAGAGAACGAAAGCUUCUCGGGAACGGUGCCCCAGAGUUUAGAUUUAUCUAGAAAGUGUUUUUGAGUGUUGCUGAAAGUACUUCCAAUAGCUUUUGCGAAAGGACGAUCUCAGCGUUGAUGAUUCGCUCGAGUUGGGCCAAUAUGGCCGCGCUAAGAACAUAGUAUGAUUCGCAUCAGCAGUUUUGUCAAAGCCAGGUACUUGACCAAAGGCGAAAGGACGUGAGAUUUAUAUACUUAGAUACUUGAGGUGCCGUCACUGGCACUCACAUUAAUCUUCGAGGCGCGGGCAUUAUAGCCAAUUGAGCUUGCCUUAUGAAGCGAGCGAUAUCGAAGUCUCCUAUAGGUAGCAGAGCUGGGGCG